AUGCAAAAAUCCAGCUCAUCCCGAUCCUCCAAGGCAAAGGUCAGCUUCAAAGAAACCACUGAUACCAUCCCAGCAGCAAAGAAACACGCGGAUCCAUUUAAGGAUGAGCGAGUUAGGGAGGAUGGAAAGAAGCGGAGUGCUAGUAGUCCGGAGCGAAGUGGGAGUGCGGAGAAGAGGAGUAAUACGAGUGGUUCGAGUGGGACGAGGAAGGUUUUACCUGCUAAGGGGGUUAAGAAGUGA